AUGGACGAAUCGAGGUUAGCGAGAGCCGUCGGACCGGUAAUGGACGAGGAGUCCAGUUGCGUAAGUUGUCAACGACCGGAUCGCGCGGAAAACAUGGUCCAGUGUGACCAAUGCGACAGGUGGCACCAUUACACGUGCGCCGGAGUGAAUGAUAGUGUCGCGGACCGGGCGUGGGUAUGUAGCAACUGCAUUACCCAGCAGAAGGAUGACAUCGCCUCCCUUCGAAGCGGAUCUAGUCGCUCCAGCACAACGUCAGCGUUUUCGGUUUGCCUGAGCCAGCUGGUGGAAAGGCAACAAGCCGAAAGAGCUCGUGCAGAGCUAGCGCUACAACGUCGUCAUCUUGACGAGCAGCAACAGCUCAUUGACAACGUGCUAGGAGGAGACAUAGCAGGCAGCCAUUGUGGUGGCGUUUCAUCCAGUGGUGCGAACAUUAAAGUGGCGCCGCCCGCCCAACGUAUGCGCCUUCCAACUCCACCUACCCCCGGGGCUCCCUUAGCUUCGUCUGUUCGUCGAUCAACACCACUGUUGGGUACACCCAGAACUACCGUACCACCGAUGGGUUCGACUGCAGUGCUGGAGCCAUCCGCUUCAAGGUCUCAACAGGAAAAGGAGCAUCCACUAACCGCCCUUUUGGAACUCAGGAACCGUGUUGAGCAGUGCGAAAAGCGCGCCAAACCAACACCUGAGCAACUGUCAGCGUUACGUGUACAGAUGGAGGUGUGCAGAACCCUUCUGGAAGAGUUCCAGUCCGGUGAAGAAGCAAGCGGACAAGCUCAACGGUCGGAUGCAAGCGAUCCGGUAGGACGACGACUACCAAAGCAAGCGACGACAACAAACGAGCCGCGAAUGGAGAAGCAGACCGGCGCCAUUCCUAAGGCGAGCCAGACGUUGGAAUCGGUACCGGAAGCAAAUACUAGUCUGCAGAACCCUCUCUGGCAAUUGAGGGAUCCGGUAAGCCAACCCAGUUUGCCUUCGGUAAGUCAACCAAACGCUGAAAUGCGUCCGAACCACGUCGAACCCCCAGGUAAGCGUCAAGCCUUGAAUCAUAUGAACGUAUCCCCUUCCUACCAUUGCCCCACGACCAAUGAUUACGAAACAACCCGUGAGCAGCUGCGAAUUGACGCGCGCCCGGGAGAACUUAAUAUGCCCCCCUCAAAUUUUCACGAGCAGCUGCGAGAAUCCCUCGCGCGCCCGAAUGCCUCGAAAACCUUGACUCGAGAUAACCGUCAAUCCGAACAACACUCAAUCGGAGAGCAAACGCGUGAACCUCCCCCGCGUACGGUUGAUUCGUCUCAGCCCCCUCGUCAGUCAGAAAGUACACGAAGAUACCAAGCGAUUCCUUCCCCAGUGCAACACGGUGCUCCCACACAGCAGCAGCUAGCAGCAAGGCAGUCCCUGGCUAAGGAACUUCCUCGAUUCUCCGGUGACCCUGCGGACUGGCCGAUCUUCAUUUCGAAUUAUCGCUACACGACUGAAGCUUGCGGUUUUUCGGAUGGAGAGAAUAUGCUUCGCCUCCAACGAUGUUUGACUGGACCGGCGCUGGAAACUGUGCGCAGUCGGUUGGUAUUGCCAGCAGCGGUGCCCCAGGUGAUCGAGACUCUUCGUAUGCGGUUUGGACGACCGGAACUGCUGAUAAAUUCUCUGCUGAGCAAGGUGCGGGAAAUCCCAGCUCCAAAGUCCGACAGGUUGGAAGGACUCAUCGACUUCGGGAUGGCGGUGCAGGCCUUAUGCGACCACAUUGAAGCGGCGAAUGAACGCGCUCACCUAUCGAACCCGUCUCUUCUGCAGGAACUCGUUACUAAACUUCCCGCGGACCAACGAAUGAUGUGGGCGGGAUACAAGCGGGGAUUCGAUCACGUCGAUCUAAAAACCUUCGGUGACUAUAUGGCGUCAGUGGUACAGGAUGCGACAAGUGUGGUGACCUUUGAGCCAGAAGGUAAAAGGGGCAGUGCUCGCGACCGUCCGAAGAGCAAGGGGUUCGUGAACGCCCAUGCAGUGGAAAGCGCGGGGAGUUCCGGAGUUUCAUCGAGCGAAUCGAGGGAAUCACCCAAACAAUUCGACUGCCUGAACUGCAACAAAAGUGGGCAUCGAGUGCGCGAUUGUGAAGUCUUCAAGAAAUUGGACAUCGACGAUCGCUGGAGAAGAGUUCGUGCGCUGUUGCUGUGCCAGAACUGCCUGUUUAACCAUGGACGUCGUGCGUGUCGAGGACGAAAGACAUGCGACAUUGAAGGCUGCCAGUUUCGCCACCAUCCUCUCCUCCACUCCCAAAGAGGACCACCAAAGUUGUCGGCACCGACGCCGAGAGUUCAGGUAGCCGAUAACCAUACCCACCAUCACGCAAUGUCAUCGAAACUCUUCCGUAUCAUUCCCGUGAUACUCCACGGUCGUAGUGGGUCAAUUGAAACUUUCGCCUUCCUCGAUGAGGGUUCUGACCUGACACUAGUGGAACACGACCUGGCUACUGCGCUGGGCGUGAAGGGGACGCCUCAUCCUCUAUGUCUUCGGUGGACUGGCGAUACUUCGCGAUUGGAGAAGGAAUCGCGACGGAUCACUAUCGAGAUCGCUGGAAAUGGGCAGAGCAAACGCCACAAGUUGGUGAACGCGAGGACCGUCAACAAUCUCAGUCUUCCCGUCCAAAGCUUCCAGGCCGAAGAAGCGGUGAAAGUGUACCCGCACCUAAAGGGCAUCCCAGUAAGCAGCUAUCAGAAUGCCAAACCCAAGAUCCUCAUCGGCAUCGACAAUCUGCAUCUGGCACUUCCGCUGAAGAUAAGAGAAGGUGAUGGAUCUGCGCCGGUGGCUGCUAAAACAAGGCUAGGCUGGUGCGUCUAUGGUCCUCGAGGAAGCAGCAAUCGUGAAUCGUACAGCUUCCACGUUGGAGAAUGCGCCUGUGACGAGAAGCUCCACGAGACGGUGAAAGAUUUUUUCGAUAUUGAGAACACUGGAACGGGUCUAGUGGAAACUCCGUUGACGAAGGAUGAUCAACGAGCGGUGACCAUCAUGGAAACUACAACUCGACGAGUUGCGGACCGUUUUGAGACGGGAUUAAUUUGGAAGGAGGACCAAGUGGAAUUCCCAAACAGCUAUACGAUGGCACUGCGUCGACUAGAAUGCCUUGAACGACGGAUGGAUCGUGACCCGGAGCUGAAGGAGAAUCUACAUCGACAAAUACGCGAAUACGAAGUGAAGGGCUAUGCACAUAAGGCGACGAAAGCGGAAAUGGAAGCAGCCGACCCAAGGAGAACGUGGUACCUACCAGUAGGAGCAGUCAUGAACCCCAAGAAACCGGGGAAGGUCCGUAUCAUCUGGGAUGCGGCCGCUAAAGUAGAUGGUGUAUCUCUGAAUAGUGCACUACUCAAAGGCCCGGAUCAACUAUCUUCUCUACCAGGGGUCCUAUUCCGCUUCCGUCAGUAUGGGGUGGCAGUAAGUUCGGAUGUUCAGGAGAUGUUCCACCAACUCCGGAUCCGAGAAGAAGACAAGAUUUCUCAACUAUUUUUAUGGCGCACUAAUCCAUCCGACAAUCCAACGGUGUACGUGAUGGAUGUUGCAACAUUCGGGAGCACCUGCUCGCCAGCAUCAGCACAAUUCGUGAAAAACCGCAACGCCGAGGAACAUUCCGAAGCCUACCCCGAAGCGGCAAAAGCGAUCAUUCACGACCACUACGUCGACGAUUAUCUGGCGAGCUUUAGCUCCGUGGAGGAAGCAGCAAAGGUGGCAAGCGAUGUGCGCUACGUUCAUGGCAACGGAGGAUUCAAGCUUCAUAACUGGCGGUCGAACAGCAGCACGGUGCUCAACAGACUAGGCGUAGUCCAACACGAUGCCGAUAAGGAGCUGGACCUGAUCGAAGGCGCGAAAACCGAAAGGGUGCUCGGUAUGCUUUGGAGUCCGUCAACCGAUGAACUGAGUUUCUCUACACAGAUGAGCGAAGAGGUGCAAACGCUGAUACGCACAACUACGAGGCCGACGAAGAGACAGGUGCUGCGAUGUGUGAUGACCCUAUUUGAUCCGUUGGGGUUGCUUUCGCCGUUCAUCAUCCACGGAAAGGUUCCCCAACGGAUCAAAUAG